CACUACUGCUGACUUAUUUAUGAACUACUUCUUUCGUUCAACCGAUGCUUGUGCCGCGGCGAGGCGAGCAAUGGGGACUCGGAAUGGAGAGCAGCUAACAUAGGUCAAUCCAGCUUCGUUUGAGAAGAAAUGAACCGAGCGAGGAUCGCCGCCAUGUUCUCCGCAGACACCGACCUUCAGGUUGGGGCGGACCUCGCGGCCACGUUCGACAGUCAUUUUGAUCAGCUGUCCGACACCUUCAGUAUCUAACGUGACGAAGGGAUCAUCUUGCAGGAUUCCCUGGCUCAUGUAAUUGGGGACGAAACUUCCUACGUCAUCACGAGAAUAGCCAAACGUCAUCUGAGUCAGAUCGUUCGAGCCGAAGGAAAAGAAUUCGGCUUCUUCGGCAAUCUGAUGAGCAGUCAGCGCUGCGCGUGGGAUUUCGAUCAUGGUACCGAUUUUGUAGUUGCACGAUUUUCCUUUUUCUUCGAAAACUUUUGCGGCAACAGAUUGAAUCAAAGCCUUCUGGUGUCGGAAUUCUUCGAUCUUUCCAACCAAAGGAACCAUUAUAUCUGGCUGUGCGUCAACUCCGGCGUCGAUUGCAUUCAGCGCAGCUUCGAGAAUAGCUCGUGUCUGCAUUUCAAUGAUGGAGGGACGUGUGAUGCCAAGUCGGCACCCACGCAGACCCAACAUCGGGUUGACUUCCUCCAUCGCUUCAACCUUUUCUUUUAAUUCAUCGACAGUGAUUCCUAGCUGUUCCGCACAUUCCGAAAGAACGCUGUCUUCCUUCAACGAAGGUAAAAAUUCGUGCAGAGGAGGGUCAAGUAAUCUUACAGUAACAGGAAGACCAUCCAUCUCCGUGAAGAUUCCCUCGUAGUCAUCUCGUUGGAAUUUCAAAAGUUCCUUCAAUGCCUCUUUUUCCUGUUCCUGGUUUCCAAGAAUAAGCUGUCGAACCUUGGCGAUUCUCUCCGGCUUGAAAAACAUGUGUUCCGAUCGGCACAACCCGAUUCCAUUGGCGCCAUUUUUACGGGCCUCCUUAGCGUCUGCGGGUGUAUCCGCGUUGGUCAAUACAUCGAUUUCCCGAGCAUCGUCUACCCAUUCCAUAAACGUCUUGAGGUUUCCAGUGAUUGCCGGAGGUGCUACGGUCUGUGACCCUUCUAGCACUUCACCGCUUUGACCAUUGAGACUAAUGAAGUCGCCCUCCUUGAAGGUUUUCUGGCUUCCAUCAUCCAUCGUUAAAAUUAUUUUACCAUUUGCCUCGUCGACACUCAAGGAAGUGCAACCACAAAUACAGGGCUUACCCCAGCCUCGGGCUACCACAGCUGCGUGAGACGUCAUGCCUCCACGAGCAGUUAGAAUUCCUUCUGCGGCGAACAUUCCUUCUACAUCGUCUGGGGACGUUUCAUCACGAACCAUGAUUGAGGGAAUUCCGUUUUCUUUAUUCUCGACAACCUUCUCGUUCGACAUCGCAAUACGACCGACAGCAGCACCGGGAGAUGCAGGGAGACCGCGAGAAAUGACGGCAUCUUUGUAUUCUUGAAGUUCUACAUCAGGGAAUCGAGGAUGCAAUAGCUGGUCUAAAUGUUCGGGCAAUACCUUUGCAACGGCCUCGUCCUUUCCGAUGAGUCCUUCGCCAACCAAAUCUACGGCAAUUUUUACGGCGGCUUCCCCUCCACGCUUUCCGUUUCUGGUCUGAAGCAUAAAGAGCUUUCCUUCCUGAAUAGUGAAUUCUAUAUCUUGCAUAUCCCCAAAUUUUUCCUCCAGAAUCUUGGUAUUUUUUAGAAAUUCUUCGUAGACCUCUGGCAUAACAUCCUGCAUCUCAGCAAUCGGUCGAGGUGUUCUUACUCCAGCCACAACGUCCUCUCCCUGGGCGUUGAUUAGGAAUUCACCAAAAAGUUCAGGAGUUCCAACGUUGGGGUCCCGCGUAAAGCAGACUCCCGUUCCGGAUGUGUCCCCCAUAUUCCCAAAAACCAUCGCUUGUACAUUGACGGCGGUUCCGAGAAGAUCACGAAUGUUUUCUACUUGUCGAUAUUUUAUGGCACGAGGUCCCAUCCACCCAUUGAAAACGGCACCAAUAGAAAGCUUCAGUUGUUCGUGGACGUCUUGCGGGAACGACAAAUCCAUCGUACCAUAGACAUCCUUGAAGCGGCCAACAAGUUCUUGUAGGUCUUCGGCCGACAAAUCGGAAUCCUCGUUCACUCCUUUUUCGUAUUUGAUAUCGUCAAGCUCGUCCUCGAAAUGACUUCGUGGAAUUUCCAAAACAACAUUUCCAAACAUUUCCAAAAAUCGGCUGCAAAAAAAAUUAAAACGUUUU